ACAGUGACCGUUUAAAGGUCUUGGGGUGCCUUUUAAAACGGAAUCUCUCCUUAACGUGUUUUUUCUGUAAUGGUGAAUCACUUUUUAACUGGCCCAUUCUACCAAGAUUUUAGUCAUUUCCUGUUUCUCUCUGCUGCCUUUCUCUCCGUCUCUCCUUCUCUUCUCCCUUGAGGUCAGCCGGGGCACUUGCACUUCGGGGUCCCCAGAUCCAAACUUUAUCGAAGUAGGGUUGGCAGAGGGUUUCCCGCGGAGAACUUUGGAGUUCCGGUCCUCCUCCCGUCUGGCCGUGCGGACCCGGUGACCUUCAGAACGUGGUGCAAGAGCCUCUUUUUCCAAACUCCCCAGAAAGGGGAAAUAAUCAUUCAAAUACAGGAGCUUGAAACUGUAAACGUUGAUCUUCUCGAAGGUCAGGUCGUGAGCGUCGACGCGUCAGGGCAGAUCAGUCUGUCGCGUACCGUUCCCUACCUGCCUCUCUCCCGCGGUCAUUUUAGUCGGGAGUCCAUUAUUAUCCUUAAGAUUUUCAUUAGGAGAAGUUGAUUUUUACAUUCCUGCCCACCGCUUUCCUUCCUUUGAUACCGAAGAGCGGGUUCAGCCAACCCAGAGUAUAUACACCGUAGGAACGUUGUGCAAGGAGUGACUUAGUUUGCCAUGAAUACAUUCAUUCAGCCUCUGGAACUUCACCCGAAUAAAAUUUAGAAAAGUGACUGUGGAGCGGUAGAAUGACCCGUUUUGUCUUUGAAUCUGUUCGCUUUCCUGAAUUGGCUGGAACUGUGCCCUUCCAUGAAGAGCACACCUUUUCCCUCCGAGAAGUUGUACCUUUGGGAUUCAGAUUAUUUUUAUUUGACUCUCUAAUAGUUGCCGUUUCUGCGUGAUUGGAUUUGGUGGGAAGGCAGCAGUGUAGAACGUGUACCCGCGAAGGAAGUCUGGUGGGGGCUUGGAAUAUAUUUUUAACCAGGGUGCCAGGGAAGUUGUCAAUCAGAUAACUAAAAUCAGGGGUGCUUUCCUGGAAGCGCUGCUCCGAUAUCUCAGGCAUCCAGGCCCUGCCCCCUCAGACGCGUUUCUGCAAACCGCCGGUGCGCGCGUCGGUGUCGUGUAUGCUUGCCCUUUUUAGUCGAAGAGGACUCCGCUGACAAUAAGAUCUUACCGAGGCUCGCGGGUGUGACCGAAAAGGCAGUCUGAUGUUCCACAUUGGUCCAUCAACAGGAAGCACCUUGCCAUUUUUCACUCAGCAGCUGGCCACCCAGCCUCCCACGUACUGCUCAUGGAACCAGCGGCAUUUCUUGGUGACUGUGGACUUCAGUUUCUUGCCAGACAGCGUUUAAGACCGGAGGAAGAGAUUUAUGCCCACACCAACUGUGGACUUUUGCACAGCCUAUACUAAAAGAUGUCCCUGGUAGAUUUGGGUAAGAAGCUUUUAGAAGCCGCACGAGCAGGUCAAGAUGAUGAAGUCCGCAUUUUGAUGGCCAAUGGCGCUCCGUUCACUACAGACUGGCUGGGAACAUCUCCGCUCCAUCUAGCCGCGCAAUAUGGCCACUAUUCCACCACCGAAGUGUUGCUGCGAGCGGGCGUGAGCCGGGACGCCAGGACCAAGGUGGACAGGACCCCGUUACACAUGGCAGCGUCCGAGGGCCACGCCAGCAUCGUGGAAGUCUUACUGAAGCACGGGGCCGACGUCAACGCGAAGGACAUGCUGAAGAUGACCGCCCUGCACUGGGCCACGGAGCACAACCACCAGGAGGUGGUGGAGCUUUUAAUCAAGUACGGCGCCGACGUCCACACGCAGAGUAAAUUCUGCAAAACCGCGCUCGACAUCUCCAUAGAUAACGGGAACGAGGAUUUAGCCGAAAUAUUGCAGAUCGCCAUGCAGAACCAAAUCAACACGAACCCCGAGAGCCCCGACACGGUGACGAUACACGCGGCCACGCCCCAGUUCAUCAUCGGACCUGGAGGGGUGGUGAACCUAACAGAUGAGACGGGAGUAUCUGCUGUGCAGUUUGGAAACUCAUCCACGUCAGUAUUAGCUACAUUAGCUGCCUUAGCUGAAGCAUCUGCUCCAUUGUCUAACUCUUCAGAUACCCCAGUCGUGGCUACCGAGGAGGUAGUGACCGCGGAGUCCGUGGACGGGGCCAUUCAACAAGUCGUAAGCUCCGGCGGCCAGCAAGUGAUCACGAUAGUCACGGACGGAAUUCAGCUGGGCAACCUUCACUCGAUUCCAACCAGCGGGAUAGGUCAGCCCAUCAUCGUGACCAUGCCCGACGGCCAGCAAGUUUUGACAGUACCCGCAACAGACAUUGCAGAAGAAACCGUCAUCAGCGAAGAGCCACCGGUCAAGAGACAGUGUAUUGAGAUAAUUGAAAAUCGGGUGGAAUCUGCAGAAAUAGAAGAGAGAGAAGCCCUGCAGAAACAGCUGGACGAAGCAAACCGAGAAGCACAAAAAUAUCGCCAACAACUCCUGAAAAAGGAACAGGAAGCGGAAGCUUACCGGCAGAAGCUAGAGGCCAUGACGCGGCUACAGACGAAUAAAGAAGCUGUCUAGGGUUGCAACGGACACAUAGGUUUGAUACCGAGUCGAGAAAACCCCAAAUUACGACCUCGAGCUGUUCGCCGGCCGCACGCGGCCGGCGGAUUACAGGAUAGAGGGGAGAGACUGGCGUCCAGGUUAAGAACCGGACCGGGGCCGGAGGCUCCGAUGAAUUUCUUGUAUCAUAAACUCUGACCUUAGAAGUUGUGAAAAGUAUUUAAAACUGAAUUCUGUAAAUAGUUGGAUUUUUUUUACAGUUCCAAAAAUGAGUUGCUAAAAAGAUUUUUGAAAGGAUCCAGAAACACAGAUAAGCAAAUGUUUUUGUGAAUUCUUUUUGAUUUUAGUAUGAAUCUAAUUUCUCAGAAACAGAACAGUUUUAAGGGUGAUGCUUGUUGAUUACACUGACUGUUAGAAAAAUGAAUGUGACGCUCUGAUUCCGGAAUUCAUUCUGCAGGUAUCAACUAAGCCUUUAUCUGAAAAAAAAAAGAUUUCUCUGAGGAAAUCGAGCAACAGCUUUAAGUAAUUGUCUCUGAUUCUCUGAAAACAUUUUUUAGAAAGUGAAACUUUUAUAUUUGUUUACUCCCGCUAUAUUUGAGUAGAUUUUCAUGUAUAUGAAGCUAAUAUUUUUUAAACUUUCAGUUUGUACAUAUUUUGCAUGGUUUUUAUAAUUUUGGAAUGCAUCACUUGCAUAGGAACUUGCUGCAAAGAUGCUGAAAUCCCAUAGGUCACUGAAAUCGAGUAAGCUAGCAACCGGUUUUAGUGUUCAGCCAACGAUGUCGUCCUCGGAAGAAGCAGUCCGGGAUGGAACUCACUUGCAAUAUCGAGAAUUUGGAGAAAAUGCCGCAAGAACAGGUGGCAUUCUGUGUCCUGUAUGAAAAUUUCCCCUCGCAGGUGUCGUAAGGCACGGGACUAUGGGAUGAUGUCUUUGGAAAACUUAACACGGAUAAGUUUCCUAAAUAUUCUUUUCAACUUCGUGUCUCCCCGUCCUGUCGCAGUUCUCCCGUAGGAGUCCGGAAGAGACGGUAUCGUCGUCUCUGUUAUCCUUUAGGAAAAGGUUGUUCCGAUUCCCGGAACGGAACCGUUUCACACCCCAGCGAUGAUGACGACUUUUACCUGGUUUCGUCGCCCCCUCUGUGAAGCCAGUUGAUCCGUGCCGUGACUUGCUCUAUCAUAAGACUGUUAAGUUCUAUAUUGUAUGAACAUCAUACUUGGACUUAUCAUUCAGAUUUAUUUUGUAAAGCGUAACUUCGAGCCUUUAUUCUUGCUUUGCUUUUCUAUGUUUCACUGCUUUAUGAAAAUGUUUAUCUAAACUUAAAAACAUGGGGAAAAAAACCCUUAUUACCUAUACUGUAUAAAAAAGAAAUUACCCUUAAAACUGUACUCUGGCCUACUUUUCUAUUUUACAAUUAAAUAUCUUUUCCACAUA